AUGGCUGCCAACAAGAUCGAUGGCACAGCCAUUGCGAAGAAGAUCCGCGGGGAUCUGGCCGCCGAGUUGGUGACCGGUCUGACUCUUGUUCCCACCUAUGUUCGCAUGAAACUGAAAGCUGCCGAAGAGGCCAACAUUCAAUGCGAAUUACUACACUUCCCCUCUACCAUCUCUGAGCCCGAGCUCCUCGAUCAGAUCUACCGCCUGAACAACAACCCUGAGGUCCAUGGCAUCCUGGUUCAGCUGCCUGUCCCUGAGCACAUUGACGAGUACGCUGUGACUUCGGCCGUCGCUGACGAAAAGGAUGUUGACGGCUUUGGCACCACCAACAUCGGCGAGUUGGCCAAGAAGGGCGGUCGGCCCCUCUUCGUGCCUUGCACCCCCAAGGGUGUCAUGGUCCUGCUCCAGCAGACUGGCGUCGACUUGAAGGGCAAGAAUGCCGUGGUCAUUGGCCGGAGUGAUAUUGUCGGAAGCCCCGUCAGCUACCUCCUGCGCCACGCUGACGCGACUGUCACUGUCUGUCACUCUCGGACCGCGAACCUGGAGGAACACGUCAAGGCAGCAGACAUUGUUGUUGCCGCCAUUGGACAACCUGGUUUUGUCAAGGGCGAAUGGCUGAAGAAGGGCGCCGUUGUCAUCGAUGUCGGCACCAAUUACAUUCCCGACGACACGAAGAAGUCUGGCCAGAGGCUAGUUGGCGAUGUCGACUUCGAGUCUGCUUCGCAGGUUGCGUCGCAUAUCACUCCUGUGCCAGGUGGCGUCGGGCCCAUGACCGUUGCCAUGCUCUUAAGAAACGUCGUGGACUCGGCCUCACAAUCCCUCGAGAGACAGAGGCAGCGAAAGAUUGUACCCUUGCCGCUCCAUCUGAAGGAGCCGGUGCCAUCGGACAUUGACGUCUCCAGGGCCCAGACCCCCAAACAGAUCACCCGCCUCGCAAAGGAAGUCGGCAUUGCCUCGCACGAGCUUGAGCCUUAUGGUGCCUACAAGGCCAAGGUGGACCUCGAUCUGCUCAAGAGGUUGGAACACCGUCGCAACGGCAAGUAUGUCGUUGUGACUGGUAUCACCCCAACCCCUCUUGGCGAGGGCAAAUCGACCACCACAAUGGGUCUCGCCCAGGCUCUGGGCGCGCACCUUGGCCGUGUCACUUUCGGAAACGUCCGUCAGCCCAGCCAGGGCCCAACGUUCGGGAUCAAGGGCGGUGCUGCUGGUGGAGGCUACAGUCAGGUCAUUCCGAUGGAUGAAUUCAACCUGCACCUGACAGGUGAUAUCCAUGCCAUUACAGCAGCGAACAACCUUCUCGCCGCCGCGAUCGAGACUCGUAUCUUCCAUGAGAACACGCAGAAGGAUGGACCUCUGUACCGCCGCCUUGUCCCUGCAAAGAACGGCAAGCGUGUCUUUGCGCCUGUCAUGUUCCGUCGCCUGAAGAAGCUUGGUAUUGACAAGAUCAACCCUGAUGAUCUUACCGAGGAAGAAGUCAGUCGCUUCGCGCGUCUGGACAUCGACCCUGAGACUAUCACUUGGCGCCGUGUUCUAGAUGUGAAUGACCGCCACCUUCGUGGAAUCACUGUUGGCACAGCCGCGACGGAGAAGGGUCAGACGCGUGAAACCGGCUUCGAUAUUUCUGUCGCCAGUGAGUGCAUGGCCAUCCUUGCCCUCAGCACGAGCCUGAGCGAUCUUCGGGAAAGACUUGGCCGCAUGGUCGUCGCCAGCUCCAGGAGUGGUGACCCCGUGACUUGCGACGACAUUGGUGCUGGCGGCGCAUUGACGGCUCUCAUGAGGGACGCUAUCAAGCCCAACCUGAUGCAGACCCUGGAAGGCACCCCAGUCUUUGUUCACGCCGGGCCCUUCGCAAACAUCAGCAUCGGCAACAGCUCUGUGCUCGCUGACAAGAUGGCAUUGAAGCUUGUGGGCACAGAAGCAGACGAGGACCCCCGCCGAAAAGGCCGGCUUCGUUCACAUCCAGACCCUCGAGCGUACGGCAUUCCCGUUGUCGUAGCCAUCAAUAAGUUCUCCACUGAUACGGAUGCUGAGAUUGCUGUCAUCCGGGAAGAGUCCAUCAAGGCUGGCGCCGAGGAUGCCAUUCUUGCGAACCACUGGGCCGAGGGCGGCAAGGGUGCCGUCGAGCUGGGCAAGGGUGUUAUCGCGGCGAGUGAGAAGCCGAAAGACUUCAAGCUGCUGUACGAUCUUGACGGCACGGUGCAGGAACGCAUCGAGGCCAUCGGAAAAAAAAUGUACGGUGCUGCGGCGGUCGAGUUCAGCGAGCUGGCGCAGAAGAAGGUCGACCAGUUCACCAAGCAGGGUUUCGGCAACCUCCCCAUUUGCGUGGCCAAAACCCAGUAUUCGCUUUCUCACGAUCCCGAGCUCAAGGGUGCCCCGACGGGCUUCACAGUGCCCAUCCGCGACGUGCGAAUGGCCGCCGGCGCCGGCUACCUGUAUGCGCUUGCUGCCGACAUCCAGACCAUUCCAGGUCUGCCCACCGCGCCAGGCUACCUGAAUGUGGACGUUGACGUGGAGACUGGUGAGAUCCAGGGUUUGUUCUAA